GUAAGAGAUCUGAACCAUUAAGUGCUGAACCAGUAAGAGGUCUGAACCAUUAAGAGCUAGUAUAUUGCUUAACUAUUCAGAGGCAAAUGUCUGAUCAAUUCAGAUAAGAGGUCUUAACCAUUCAGACUCUGUAUAAUACUUAACCAUUCAGAGGCAAAUCUUUUAACCAUUCAGACAUCUGAACCAUUAAGAGGCUGAAACAAACGGUCUGAACCAUUAAGUGAUGAACCAUUCAGUCUGAACCAUUAAGAGGCUGAAACAAGCAGCCCCUUACUCCUCAAAGUCCUGAACCAAAUGCCUUGCCAAUAAAAUACAGGCCGAGGAGGGUAAAAGGAAAAAGGAUAAAACUUGGUCCCAAGUCCCAACCCUCAAUCGUUCGAAAGAAGGCAGCGCAGCUAGAGAGUCCAAACCCCAGCCUCAGUCGUCCCUCCGCCGCCGGCCACACUGUGUCGUUCCACCGCCACUUCCACCACCGGCCAAGUCAUUCGUUCUCCACUCUCAAGUCUCCAAUCUAAAAGAGUAGUCCAAAGUCCAAAUAGCGACGACAAGUGAAGCGCUUGCCACACCAAGAAGAAGCACGACGUCGUGGAAUCCUCAUUGGCGUGAGGUGCAAAGGGGGUUAGGUUUUCAGGCAAGCAAGGAAGAUGAAGCCGAUGGUGGGGGUUGUAGUGUCGAAUAAGAUGCAGAAGUCGGUAGUGGUGGCCGUCGACCGCCUCUUUCACCACAAGAUCUACAAUCGCUACGUAAAGCGCACCUCCAAGUUCAUGGCCCACGACGAGAAGAACGAGUGCAACAUUGGCGAUCGCGUCAAGUUGGAUCCUUCUAGACCUCUGAGCAGGCAUAAGCACUGGAUUGUUGGUGAAAUUUUGAAGAGAGCAAGAGUUUAUGUGCCUCCAUCUGCAGAAACAUUGGCAAAGACUAACGCAGAGACUGAAGCGUCUGUUUCAAAGAGAACGCCAUCUUCACCUUCAAAGAAAUAAGGUCAGGUAUGUAGUAGAGGUGCAGGCAAGGUCCAAAGAGCCACACAUUUGCACCAAUGAUUCCAAGAUUGCCCUCUCUUUGGCAUGGAGACCAAGUCCAAACAUGUAUUCCAAGACGAGAAAUGGAGUGUUUUGCUGCCAUUGUACUUCAGAAUCCCUUUCUUGAAACCAUAAUAAUAAUAAUAAUAAUAAUAAUAAUAAUAAUUAGGGUGAUGCUAAAUCCACCCCAAAAAUGGCUAUAUCCACCCCUUUCACAUAAAUUUGCUAAAUCCACACCAAUAUAAACUUUAUAUUAAUGGAUGUGGAUAUAGCAAAUAUUGGUAAAAGGUGUGGAUAUAGCCAUUUUGGGGGCUGGAUUUAGCAACACCCUAAUAAUUAUGAAGAACCCGU